AAGAUCAAGUUGCGAGGUGUGGGGGUAACCGAGGAGGUUCUGGUCUUUGCUAGAAACAUCUCGAUGCAUCCAGAGACGUGGAUCGAUUUCCCGGCGUUUGGGGACGAUGAGGAUUCUAAUGAUUUUGAAAUGUCUGAAGCUCAACAAGAGCAUGCAUUGGCUAUAGAACAUCUUGUUCCUAGAAUAGCUGCUUUGAGCUCUGAGCUGUGCCCAAGUCAGAUGUCUGAAAAAUGCUUCUGGAAGAUCUAUUUUGUGCUUCUGCACUCUAGACUCAAUAAACAUGACGCUGAACUUCUCUCAACACCUCAGAUAGUAAAAGCCAGAGAGAAUUUGCUGGUAGACCUGCCGCAUCGGACCAAGCCAAAACCUCAGAGAAUUGUAAAAGAACCCCCCUCUGACAAAGAGAAUGUUAGUUCCUCCCCCACCGAAGAGAAAGUCAUAUUGCCUUUAACCACCCAAAAAGAAGUCAUUAUAUCAGAAAAACCUUCAAUCCACGAAGAUGUUGUAACCGAAAAGCAUCCUGUUGAAACUUCUGAAGUAAAAAUUGUCGACAAGUCCAUAAUCAAAGAAGAAUUAUCAACUGAAAGUAGGGGCAAGGAUUUACCUAUUGCGACAUCAAAUGUAUCCUUGCAAAAGGAUGAAGAGGAUGGCGAUGACUGGUUCGAAGAAGAAGAGACUGGUGAAUCAAACAGCAUGAGAGGCGCUUCUAUUCCAAUAUUAGGGAAUGAGGAAGAUGUAUCCUUCAGCGAUUUAGAGGAGGAAGACAAUGAACAAGGCAGGGAUAUUAUUUCAAGAACAGCGCCUAAUGUGGAAGGUUCUAGAACAAAUACGUCAAGAGGGUGGGUUCAGUUGAACAAAGGUUCUCCACAGACUACCGAAGGCAAUGAUUGGUCAGAUAUCGAAGAUAUCGAUGUGGCGUAGCCAAUGAUCCUGCCGUAUCUUAUUGCGAGGUAUGCUUCGUUGGUCUAUUAUAUCUCUCCAUGCUUCUAGUUUUAUUCUGCUGCUCGAGUUUGUUUGGACUAGCAGAUGUUUUGUACAUAAAAGGCCUCAUGAGCUACUGUACAUCUUUCUACGGUACUUAUGUUUAUUUCCCGUUCUCCUUUGCAUCAUGCACGAGUCAAUGAAUUCCACUCGAACAAGCUGAUGACAACCUGUCUUGAUCAUGGCAUCAUAAAAAAGCUGAAGGUUGUAUUUGCAUUAAUUAUUACAGCAGUUUUCUUGUUGUAUGAUGUCGAUAUGACUUUGCAGUGAUGUGUUUUUUCAAUCAGAACUAGUUAAAUCAAUGGCCACCGAGUAGGAUGAGAUAAGACGAGAGAGUGAUGUUGCUCGAGAAUGAGAAUUUAUUGAAUAUCGAGAUAUUGAGGAUGCGCGAGGUUGGAAUUGUUGAAUCUUAUCAGGCCAAUAAUCCUACAGGAAGGGGAUUAUCGAAUCUCACUGGAGAGGUUGGAUUGUACAGUAUCAGAUUCGCUAAUUCCCAUUGUAGUCAUUGUGACCCAUGCCGUUGCUAAAAUCCUUGUUUCUUUCCUUU